CUCAGCGCGGGGGAGAGAGAGAGGCGCUGUCUCUUUAAGAGGAUGCCAAAGCCGAUUACAUCUGAUCUCAACAGUGAUUCUCUCUCACCGUCUGUCCACUACUAUUGCUUAUUUUGCUAUACUGCAUGAGCUAAACGCGUUGACAGACAGUGUUGCUCGUCGGGGUUAAAACUUUUCUUCAGGCCAGAAUGGAUUGGGCUCCGACCUCGUUUGGAUGAGUCGCGUAUGAGCAGUGCGCUUCAGCUCGGCAACUUUCCCGUGCGCAUUUCUCCAAACAUCCUAGGUGGAAAGUUAAAAUCACGUGGGAUAUGGUGACAAACAAGUGAAUACAUAUUAAACCAAGACGGAAAAUGCAGAAGAGUGUUCGGUACAAUGAGGGACACGCUCUGUAUCUCUCCGUUAUCGCGCGUAAAGAGGGCACCAAGCGAGGUUAUCUCAGCAAGAAGACCACAGAAAACAGCAAAUGGCAUGAGAAGUUUUUCGCACUGUAUCAGAAUGUUUUGUUUUACUUCGACACCGACCAGAGUGCUCGACCAUCAGGGAUUUACCUCCUGGAAGGAUGCACAUGCGAACGAGUCCCUGCGCUCAAGGUGUCCACCGCUGGCAAAGAUACACUUGACAAGCUGCAUUAUUUCCUCGUCGUCUUCGGCCAUGAUGGACAGAAGCCUCUGGAACUGCGGACAGAGGAGGAGUCAGACUGUGACGAAUGGGUGGAGGCCAUCCAGCAGGCCAGCUACUCUGACAUCAUCAUCGAGCGUGAGGUUCUUAUGCAGAAGUACAUCCACCUGGUGCAGAUUGUGGAGACCGAGAAGGUGGCAGCCAAUCAGCUCCGCACACAACUGGAAGACCAAGACACGGAGAUUGAGAGGCUUAAAGCUGAGAUUAUAGCCUUGAACAAAACUAAGGAAAGAAUGCGUCCGUACCACGUAUACCAGGAAGAGGAGGAUCCUGAUAUAAAAAAAAUCAAAAAGGUCCAGAGCUUCAUGCGAGGGUGGCUGUGUAGAAGGAAAUGGAAGAUUAUUGUGCAGGACUACAUCUGUUCUCCUCAUGCUGAGAGCAUGAGGAAGAGGAACCAGAUCGUCUUCAACAUGGUGGAGGCUGAGACAGAGUACGUCCAUCAGCUUUCCAUCCUGGUCAACUGCUUCCUGAGGCCGCUCAGAAUGGCUGCCAGCUCCAAGAAACCUCCCAUAAGCCACGAUGAUGUCAGUAGCAUCUUCCUAAACAGUGAGACAAUCAUGUUUCUACAUGAAAUAUUCCAUCAGGGAUUGAAGGCGAGGAUAGCAAACUGGCCUACACUGGUUCUAGCGGAUCUCUUUGAUAUCCUGCUGCCAAUGCUGAACAUCUAUCAGGAGUUUGUGAGGAACCACCAGUACAGUCUUCAGGUUCUGGCCAACUGUAAGCAGAACCGGGACUUUGACAAACUCCUCAAGCAGUACGAAUCAAACGCGGCGUGUGAGGGGAGGAUGCUGGAAACGUUCCUCACGUACCCCAUGUUUCAGAUCCCUCGUUAUAUCAUUACUCUCCAUGAGCUGCUGGCUCAUACACCUCAUGAGCAUGUAGAAAGGAAAAGUCUAGAGUUUGCCAAGUCCAAAUUGGAGGAACUGUCCAGGGUGAUGCACGAUGAAGUGAGUGACACAGAAAACAUCCGUAAGAACCUGGCUAUUGAACGCAUGAUCGUGGAGGGCUGUGACAUCCUCCUUGACACCAGCCAGACGUUUGUGAGACAAGGCUCUUUGAUCCAGUUGCCCUCAGUGGAGAGAGGGAAGCUCAGUAAGGUGCGACUAGGCUCUCUCUCGCUCAAAAAGGAAGGAGAGAGACAGUGCUUCCUCUUCACCAAGCACUUCCUUAUCUGCACGCGCAGCUCGGGAGGCAAGCUUCACCUGCUCAAACAAGGUGGUGUGCUGUCCCUGAUUGAGUGCACUCUCAUCGAGGAGCCUGACGCCAGUGACGAAGAUGCCAAGAAUUCAGGGCAGGUGUUUGGCCACCUGGACUUUAAGAUUGUGGUAGAGCCCUCAGAUUCUCCUGCCUUCACUGUGGUGCUGCUGGCACCGUCCCGUCAGGAGAAAGCGGCCUGGACCAGCGACAUCAGCCAGUGCAUUGAUAACAUCCGCUGUAACGGCCUGAUGACCAGCGUGUUUGAGGAGAACUCAAAAGUCACAGUGCCACAUAUGAUCAAAUCCGAUGCGCGUCUCCAUAAAGAUGAUGUUGACAUUUGCUUCAGUAAGACGCUCAACUCCUGCAAGGUUCCCCAGAUCCGCUACGCCAGCGUGGAGAGACUGCUGGAGAGGCUGACUGACCUGCGCUUCCUCUCCAUUGACUUCCUGAACACGUUCCUGCACACCUAUCGGAUCUUCACCACCGCCACCGUGGUCAUGGAGAAACUGGCUGACAUCUACAAGAAGCCUUUUACAUCCAUACCAGUCAGGGUCCAGUAUCACUCAUUUGACCGCUUGUCCAUUACAUCCAUCUGCCCAGACUACAGCCUGAAGAUCAGGAAGAUAGCGAUGGAUCAGUCAAAAUCCCUGGAGCUUUUCUUCGCCACCAAUCAGAACAACCGCAGCGGGGACCACGUAAAUGACAAAUCCCCCAGACUGUGUCGCAAGUUCUCAUCUCCUCCACCUCUUUCCAUUCCUUCCCGUACUUCCUCUCCGGUUCGCACCAGGAAACUUUCUCUUAAUUCCCCUAUUGGCUCAAAAGUAGGCAUCUUGGAUCUGUCCACAACCUCCUCGUCGGCAGCCAGCAGUCCAACCUCUGCCAACCCUACCAUCUCACCCCCACCGUCCAACAACAACAACAAGCCCCCUUUGGAUCUUAGUCGUGGACAAAGUCCAUCCUCCCCCGAGCAGAGCCCUGGAGCUCCGGAUGAUAAUGCAGAGGUGCCACGAAUCGACGCCCUCUGUGGUAAACUGCGCCGCAGCAUCAGGAGAGCUGUGCUGGAGUCAGUGUCUUUGGACAAAUUUAUUCCAGAGUCGCCACAAGGCAGUGAACCAGGAGAAAUCUCUCCCUGCCGCUCACCCUCCACUCCACGCCACCUCCGCUACAGACAGUCAGGAGUCCAGUCAGCUGAGAACUCGCGCUGCUCUGUUUCUCCAGCCUCUGCGUUUGCUAUUGCCACAGCAGCAGCUGGACACAGCAGCCCUCCAGUUUUUAAUAAUUCUGAGCGGACUUGUGACAAGGAGUUCAUUAUACGUCGUGCGGCUACCAACAGAGUCCUGAAUGUCCUGCGCCAUUGGGUCUCCAAACACUCUCAGGACUUUGAAAUGAAUGGAGAGCUGAAGAUGGGUGUGAUCUGCCUGCUAGAGGAGGUAUUGAGAGACCCUGACCUUCUUCCCCAGGAGAGAAAAGCCACAGCAAACAUUCUAAGUGCCCUUUCUCAAGAUGACCAAGACGAUGCACAGCUGAAGAUUGAAGACAUUCUUCAGAUGGCUGAAUGCCCAAAGACCGAGUGUUUCGAAUCUCUGUCAGCCAUGGAGCUAGCUGAACAAAUCACUCUUCUCGAUCACAUCGUCUUCAGGAGCAUUCCCUACGAGGAGUUCCUGGGCCAAGGAUGGAUGAAGACAGACAAGACAGAGAGAACUCCAUACAUCAUGAAGACAAGUCAGCAUUUUAAUGAUAUGAGCAACCUUGUGGCCUCUCAGAUCAUGAGCCACACAGAUGUAGGCUCUAGAGCCAGCUCUAUUGAAAAAUGGGUAGCGGUGGCUGAUAUUUGCCGCUGUCUCAACAAUUAUAAUGGUGUCUUGGAGAUCACAUCUGCCCUGAACCGGAGCGCCAUCUACAGGCUAAAGAAGACAUGGGCUAAAGUUUGCAAACAGACUAAAGCACUAAUGGACAAACUUCAAAAGACUGUGUCUUCUGAGGGAAGGUUUAAAAACCUGAGGGAAACUCUAAAAAACUGUAAUCCACCUUGCGUUCCAUAUCUGGGUAUGUACUUGACAGACCUCGCGUUUAUCGAAGAGGGAACCCCAAACUUCACAGAGGAAGGUCUGGUUAACUUCUCAAAGAUGAGAAUGAUAUCUCAUAUCAUACGAGAGAUUCGACAGUUCCAGCAAACUCCCUACAGAAUUGAGCACCAACCAAAGGUCACACAGUAUCUUUUGGAUAAGACCUUGAUUAUGGAUGAAGACACACUGUAUGACUUGUCUCUCAAGAUUGAACCCAGGCUUCCUGCAUGAACUACAACCUCAGUACCUGGCAGCUUCCAUCUAGAUGUGCUUCUCACUCUUGGGAUGUUUUGUAGGCAUGAAGCAUGCCUAGUGUUUGAGAAAGAGGGACGUGAAGAGGGAGGGAAAAUGUCCAUUUGAAAAUAUGAAAAGGUAGAGGGUCCAGGUUUGGGGGAGAGUAUUAAACAGUGCUCACCACCACAAAGUCCCCUGAAAGGUGACUUUUAUCAUGGAAAAGAAGGAAAUAUGGAUGAAAACUGGCCACUGUCAGAGGUCAGGGGUCAUGAGUUUCAGGGUCUAGCAGAUGGAUUCAGUCUAAAUUGUGAAGAGAGUGGGUGAAGAUAUGUAGCAUGUACAGAAGUAGAGCUAUUAGCCAGAUCUUAUGUAGUGUAUUGUGGCCCCCCUGCGGGCCUGUGGCCCCUGGCACAUCCCCUCAUUGGUAAUGGUAGUGACUUUGUGCAUGAACUAGACUGUGGGUUUGCUGUGUGCUUUGCCUCAACUUUACACUCCAUCUGCCAACAGCUGGCCACACUGAACCAAAAUGCCACAUGAAAAUUUUAAAAGAUGCAUCAGACUUCUAAGUAACGAGAAUGUAUAGUAGCUUUCUAAAAUAGUAACCAGUCGUAGAUUAUAUAGAUAUUUCGUAAUUGCCCUGAAGCUAUGUGAGCUCUUUAAAAAUCAGUUGCUUAUUGUGCCUUCUCAUAUUCACAGACACUUGUAAAUGAAAACCAAUGUCUCAGCAAUGCUUGAAAGUUAGGAUAUUAGCAUAUUAUUGGCCUGUGUAGCAAAGUGUUGACAGAACGGAGAUACUCAGACUAUUCAAACCAAUAAAUACAGGCAUAAAAUAGCAUUUUUCUGCUCAAGUUCAGUGUAAAGGCCUGUUCAUGAUAAUGACAUAGUUUUAAAAAUCAUUCUAAAUUUAAUAGUCAAGCAGAAUCCACAUCACAACCAUAGAGUGUUUUCACGACGCGUCAUCAAUCGGCCAUAUUGGUGGCACUGAAUGUAAACAAUGCCACUGAACAGAACAAAAUUUCCAUAUUUUGCUAAUUACUGCUGCUGAAAUGGUCAAUUACUGUCAUGUUUUGGGCUGUACUAAUCGGUCGGACCAGGAAAAACAUUUGGAGUACUAUAAACUGCCAAAAGUUAUAAAAAAAAUCAAGGAGAAGAGUUCAAAAAACUGUCUGAGGAACAAAAUGUGUUUGUGGUUGGCCAAACUGAACCAGGAUUUCCAGGCCAAGGAUCUUGACAACAUUCGUGUUGUUCUUAUUAUUUCCAGUCAGUUAAGAUAAAUAUCUUAAUUAAUACUUCUCGUAUGUAUCUUUAUCUCCUAUUAACUUUAGUUUGUCAAAAUAUUGCACCCUUUCCUGCUUAGUAAGUCCUUCUCUAUAUUAUUUGGCAGCUUCCACAAAUUUUUUUCCAUGGUUUAGACAGCGUAAA